AUGCUAUCUGCUUCUUCAAGGCGUUUGCGAUGCUACAUAGCAGCAGCAUCAGACCUAUGCGCUAGCAAUUUCGGCCCCAACUCGGCUCCAAAUCGGUACCCGAUUCACAAGCGUAUGCCAUUAUCCACCCCACUUGAUAAGCCAUUGUUUUCCACUAUAAGUAGUUUCACCAGCAACUCUCGGGCCUCUUCUUUCUCAGAAGAAGACGCUAUAGUGAAUCAAAUUCUUUCCGAUUUAGAAAACGCCUCUCCAUUACUCGAAUCGUCAUACAAAAAACGCGUCUUCCUGAGCUCCAAAGCGUUUAAUCGUGUGCUGGUUGCAGCAGCCAGCGAAAGGAACGAUCUUUCCCUUGUAUCCCAACUUGUUCAAGUUGCAGUCGCAUCUCGUCGUCAACCCUUGAACUCGACUUGUUUUCUCACUGUUGCCAAGGCUUUUGCAAAGUCAGAUGAUUGUGGGGAGUUGCUCAGACUAACAAAGCAAGUCAUGGAGAUGACCUCUCCCAAUAUGACCAUCAUUAACAGGGUUCUCUUUGCCUUUGGUGAAUGUGGAAAGAUUGAUAAAGCGCUUCUGAUCUUUGCCCAGAUGAAAGCUUUGAAUUUUGUACCAGAUUUGUACACCCACAACACCAUUUUGGAGAUCUUGGGUUGUGCAGGUCGCAUUGAUGACAUGCUGGGUCAGUUUGGGUCCAUGAAAGAAGCUGGUAUUGACCCAGAUGUGGUUUCUUACAAUGCUGUGUUGAACAAUUUGAGGAAGCUUGGGAAAUUCGAUAUUUGCUUGUUCUAUUUCAGGGAAAUGGGUGAAAAUGGAGUUCAGCCAGAUUUGCUGACUUAUACAGCAAUGAUUGAGAGCCUGGGCCGAUCAGGAAAUGUUGAUGAGUCACUGAGACUCUUCAGUGAGAUGAAGGCGAGGCAGAUUCGUCCUUCGGUGUAUGUUUACCGGUCACUGAUCAGCAACCUGAAGAAGAUGGGGAAGGUGGACUUGGCAUUGAAGUUGAUGGAGGAGAUGAAUUCAUGUGAUACAGAGUUUGCUGGUCCAACGGAUUUCAAACGAAAUAAACGCUUGUAA